AUGGCUGUGGCUGUCUCCACCUCCGCGCACCUGUCUCUCCCAAAAGGAGCCCCUCUCUGGUACAAGUCGGAAAUAACCAACGCUCGAACCCCCGUCAGUCAUCCUCGAACUACCAGUCUCCCUCCUCCCCCCUCCCUCGGACUACCAGCCUCCCCCCUCCCCCCUCCCUCGAACUACCAGUCUCCCUCCUCCCCCUCCCUCGAACUACCAGUCUCCCUCCUCCCCCCUCCCUCGAACUACCAGCCUCCCUCCUCCCACCUCCCUCGAACUACCAGCCUCCCACCUCCCCCUCCCUCGAACUACCAGUCUCCCCCCUCCCACCUCCCUCGAACUACCAGCCUCCAAUGUGUUCCCCCCUCUCCCUCGAACUAUACCAGCCUCCCACCUCCCUCGAACUACCAGCCUCCCCUCUCCCUCGAACUACCAGCCUCCCACCUCCCUCGAACUACCAGCCUCCCGCCUCCCUCGAACUACCAGCCUCCAAUGUGUUCACCUCCCCCUCCCUCGAACUACCAGUCUCCCACCUCCCCCUCCCCCAAAAUACCAGCCUCCAAUGUGUUCCCCUCCCCCCUCCCUCAAACUACCAGCCUCCCACCUCCUCCUCCCUCAAACUACCAGCCUCCCACCUCCUCCUCCCUCGAACUACCAGCCUCUAAUGUGUUCCCCUCCCCCCAUUCCUCAAACUACCAGCCUCCCACCUCCUCCUCCCUCAAACUACCAGCCUCCCACCUCCCCCUCCCUCGAACAACCAGUCUCCCCCCUCCCCCUCCCUCGAACUACCAGCCUACCACCUCCCCCUCCCUCGAACUACCAGUCUCCCACCUCCCCUUACCUCGAACUACCAACCUCCCCCCUCCCCCUCCCUCGAACUACCAGCCUCCAAUGUGUUCCCCCCCCCCCCCGUCUCCCUCGAACUACCAGUCUCCCUCCUCCCCUUACCUCGAACUACCAGCCUACCACCUCCCCCUCCCUCGAACUACCAGUCUCCCACCUCCCCUUACCUCGAACUACCAGCCUACCACCUCCCCCUCCCUCAACCUACCAGCCUCCCCCCUCCCUCGAACUACCAGCCUCCAAUGUGUUCCCCUCCCCUCCCUCGAACUACCAGCCUCCCACCUCCCUCGAACUACCAGCCUCCAAUGUGUUCCCCCCCUCUCCCUCGAACUACCAGCAUCCAAUAUGUUACCCUCCACCUCCCUCGAACUACCAGCCUCCAAUGUGUUCCCCCCCUCUCCCUCGAACUACCAGCAUCCAAUAUGUUACCCUCCACCUCCCUCGAACUACCAGCCUCCAAUGUGUUACCCUCCUCCUCCCUCGAACUACCAGCCUCCCACCUCCCUCGAACUACCAGCCUCCCACCUCCCUCGAACUACCAGCCUCCAAUGUGUUCCCCUCCCCCUCCCUCGAACUACCAGUCUCCAAUGUGUUCCCCUCCCACCUCCCUCGAACUACCAGUCUACGAUGUAUUCCCCUCCCACCUCCCUCGAACUACCAGCAUCCAAUAUGUUACCCUCCCCCUCCCUCGAACUACCAGUCUACGAUGUAUUCCCCUCCCACCUCCCUCGAACUACCAGCAUCCAAUAUGUUACCCUCCCCCUCCCUCGAACUACCAGUCUACGAUGUAUUCCCCUCCCACCUCCCUCGAACUACCAGCAUCCAAUAUGUUACCCUCCCCCUCCCUCGAACUACCAGUCUACGAUGUAUUCCCCUCCCACAGCCGACACAACACAUGGCAGUUCCGUCAAUUGA